UGGAUUACUCAACGACGAAUCAAUGCUAUGCUAGUGUCCAGGCUAUAUUCGAGUAAAUCGAAAUCGAAUCGUGUUGCUGUUGAGUGUGAGUAGAGCAGUUUCGUAAAACGAGUUUUGGAACAAGCACAGAUAGUACAGCGCUAAUUCAAGAUGUCGGAGAGAAAAGUACUCAAUAAAUACUACCCUCCGGAUUUUGAUCCGGCUAAAGUGCCUAAGCUGCGCCAGCAUAGGGAACGGCAGUACACUGUGCGCACUAUGGCACCCUUCAAUAUGAGGUGUAAGACGUGCGGUGAUUACAUCUACCAGGGGAAGAAGUUCAACGCCAAGACAGAGAAUGUACAAGAUGAGACCUACCUGGGCCUGCGCAUCUAUCGCUUCUACAUCAAGUGUCCAAAGUGCAUCUCUGAAAUCAGUUUCAAAACUGAUCCUGAAAACGAAGACUACACCAUAGAGAACGGCGCCACCAGGCUGUUUGAAGCGGCCAAGAUGCUGCGCAAGGCUGAGGAGCAAGAGAAACAAGACAGGGAGGAAGAAGAAGCUAACAACCCAAUGAAGGUGCUGGAGAACCGCACCAAGGAUUCCAAGAAUGAGAUGGAGAUCCUUGAGAACCUGGAGGAGUUGAGAGAGAUCAACACUAGAAAGCUAGACAUUGACUACGCCGAGAUCCUACGCAGGAAGGCUGAGGCUCAAGGAGAGAUGCUAAGGAAACAGGAGGAAGAAGAUGAGGCCUACGUAGCGAAGUUGUUUGGCAAGCAAGAUGGAGGCGUGAUUAAGAGAAUAGAAGAUGAUCCUGAUGAGGUAGGAGGAGCUUCAUCGUCAUGGCUGCCUUCAUCCAAGAAAACCUCAGCAGUUAAGAGACCAUCGGACGUCUUGACAAGUGACGAUAAGUUGCAGACAAAGAAGUCCAAGCAAGAAUCCACAGGGUUAAAGUUGAGCUCCAAAUCGGCUCUAGCUGGACUGGUAAAGGUGAAAAAACAGCACCCCAAAUCAAAUCUGCCGUCAACAAAAACAACCCCCAGGGACUCUACUAGUACCCAAGAUAACAACGUAGCACUCGCUACACAAACUGAAGUAGGAAUUGGGGAGACGCGUACACAUGAACAAACAGUUCCUGAACCUGUGAGGGAGCCCUCAACCUCUAGCCAAUCACUGACAACAACAGUGGCCGGGGGGUCCAAUGACUCCAAUCACCAUGACGACCAUCACCAAGACAAUAAUCAUCACCAUGUCAACGAUAUCCCUGAACCAGACAGUGACCAGAUUUCGAGGAGCAUUCAAGAGGGUCUGGGCAAGAAGCUGAUUGCUGGCGGGGGACAGGGUGCCAGACCCAAAGCCAAGUCGGUUGGACUGAGCCUACUAGGCGGGUACACUGUGAGUGAUGACAGUAACGAUAGUGAUGAAUCCGAUAAUUAGAGUUGUUUACAGUUUCUUUUGUUUUAAUAUCACGAUGUACAUUCUGUUGGCUCUGCAUAAGAAUUAUAUAGUCCGAGGGUCAGACAUUCACGUAGGCUGAGCCACGGUUGAAAGUCUGAUAUAUCGUAGCAUGUACAUUUUGUGCGACAUCGCGUGCCAGCCAAUGGGAGUGGUCUGUAGAGACUCCAACAUCGUUUCAGUGUACUAAGCUGUGGAUUGGUCAAUUUGGAUGCCAUGAUUAUAGGUUCCGGAAUACCCGAUAGAAGGCGCACACUGAAUUGUUAGAAUCCCAAGGUAAAACCGCAGUCUUUUUUUGCAUAGUCGUCGAAUCUGCUCACAUAUCAUAGACCCUUGGUGUGAUAGGGGAUAUUCCAUGGAUGAACAACAUAGACCUCAAGCCAGUUUUCUAUUAAAAUCUAAAACAAUUAUGUCACGUGAAUGACAGUCCAUGAGUUUUAUGAAUACAGACGACCUAAACGUGAUCUUCCCAAGAGAAAUCCAGGUAUUUUCUUGUUGCAACACAGGCUGGUGAACAUGGUGAAGGAGCGAAUUGGAACUGUAAUUAUUUUGUUAAGUCUGAUCCUUGAUGACGUAAUAAACUUUGAACAAGCAAACAGACGG